AUGAGGAAUACCACUGGCAUUCGCUGUCUCCUCGUCAUCGCCAAUAUCAGCGACCAGAUAGUCCACCUAAAAGAGACUAUUGAGGUGUCAAUUAGCGACAAAGGACGCCCCCGCGUCAAGGAGACUGGGCUCAGGCCCCCGCUCAAGUUUAGCAGGAGUCCUCCCUCUUCCCCCGCCUCUUCCGCCUCCGCCCCCGCUGUCGCAACCACCAUCUCCGUCAGAGAUAAUCUUCUUGACGCCAACCUCUCCUACUUCGGUUCCGAUGGGGAGCUCCAGACCGUCACCAUUUCUGAUCUCACCAAGGGCAAGAAAGCCAUCUUCUUCGCCAUCCCGGGGAUCUUUACCUCGACGUGCUCGCAGAAGCACCUCCCUGGAUUUGUGGAAAAGGCUGGGGAGCUGCAUGCCAAAGGCAUGGACACCAUUGCCUACAUCUCGGUCAACAACGCUUUCGUGAUGCAUGCCUGGAAGAAGGAUCUCAACAUUAGGGACGAGGUUUUUUUACUCUCCGAUGGAAACAGGGAGUUCACCCGGGCACGAGGGGUGGAGUUGGAUCUGUCAGACAAGCCCAUGGGCCUAGGCGUCCGAUCUCGGCGCUAUGCGUUGCUGCCAGAAGAUAGGGUUGUCAAAGUGCUCAACUUGGAGGAUGGAGGUGCCUUUACCUUCAACGGUGCCGAGGACUUGUUGAAAGUCCUUUAA